UUCACUCAUCUUAGUAAUCUUCCUUUUAAGAAAAGAAAAGAAAAAAAGGUGAUGGGGUGGCUGUGCAGGUCCAUAUUUUUCUGGACACUCACUACAAGAAGGAGUUUUGCCGGCGAAUUUUUUCUAACGGUUUGAACAAUUAUUGGGAGUACACCACCACAAUCCCCGACAAUUUUAUAAACUAUCGGAGAUUUAACACAAUCCUAGCUAAUUUUGUGGCUAUGGCAUACACAUUUCCGGCGGUUUUUGAAACCGCGGGGAUAUGAUUUAUUUAACACGCGCAAGAAUCCCCCACCCGCCCAAAUCUUCCCCUCACCCCCUUCUAUUCCAAAAUCCCCCCUGCAAACCCUAGAACCCUCUCUCGCUCGCUCCUCGCUGUGUCUCUCUCGCUCACUCACUCGCCCUCGCUCUCGCCGCUGAGUCGCUUCCUCCCUCGCCCUCGCUCACCCUCGUUCGCUCGCCUCGCCCUCGCCCUCACUCGCGCACUCUCAGUCGCUCUCGCCCAGCGGACACGUGCCAAAACACCGUCAAAAUUGGGUACCCAAAUUGCUUUGACCAUAAACCAACGGAGAGCUUAAAAACGCGUCCACUCCGUCCGAUUCCUCGCAGAAAGCUGCAAAAUCAAAACCUAGAGGUUCCACUCCUGCAAUUACACUGAUGGCACCUAAGAGGCAGACUCGUUGGCUAAUUGGAUCCAUGUCACACAGUAUAAAUUCACACCACAAUGAUUCACAGUCAGUUCCAUCCCAUUAUCCAACCCCAAACGCAGUCCCGUCACAUCCCAAGCAUCCUGAAGAUGACUUGAUCCACUCACAAUCCAACCCCCAAGACUCACAUAGUCAGGAAGGCACAAGCUCCAUGUCAUCUACGGCCAAGAAAGGCAGAAGAAUAUCAAGACAAAUUUCAAAGUGGGGAAAAGAAAAGAUUCAUAUUGAAUUUGAUGCUGAAGGACAACCAGUUGGGGAGAUGAAAACUAAAUUGGAAACUCAGCUAGGUGUGAUGGUAAGGAGUAUUGCUCCCCUUACAUUUACUGAUUGGAGGUCACCGGGAAUGGAACUAUAUAAGGAGCGCAUCUGGCAAGAGGUCUUGGAUAACACUGAUGUACCCACAACAUGGAGAUCAAUUUGCUUGCAACAUGCUUCCAAGAAGUGGAAAGAGUACAAAGCCACCUUGAAGAGGCAUUAUGAUUGCCAUGAGACAGAUGCAGUUUGUCUGUCAAAAAUACCGCCUGGGGUGGACCCAGAACAGUGGAAGGUUCUUGUGGAGUAUUGGGGAUGUGAGCAAACACAUGAACGUAGUGCGACAAAUCGUGCCAAACGAGAAAAGCAAAAGAUGGGUCACACCAGCGGUAGGCGAUCACAUCCUCAAGUUAGGCACCAGAUGACUAUUGAAAAUGGAGAUGAGCCAGAUAGAAUCAAGCAUUUUAAAAAGACACACACCAAAAAGAGUGGAGAGAUAGUAGACUCUACAUCUUCAUAUAUAAUCGAACAAAUGGAUGAAAGGUUGUCACAAAUACCUGAUGAUGAACAAACUCCAGAUUCGCUAAAGGAUGUCUUUACUCAAAUACUGAGCAAAGAUGGACAUGGCAGCGUAAGGAUGGGAGGAGUUGGAACAUGUUCAGCUAAGGUUAGAAAAAAACAGCAGUAUCAGGUGACCCAAGAACAGUAUGACCAAAUGCGUGCACAAAUUACUGCCGAGCUAGAAGAAAAAUUUCAAGCUCAAAUCCAAAGUCAAGUUCAAAUUCAAAUUCGUGCAAUACUUGAGGCAAUGGGACAUACACCACCUGCUCUAGAUAAUACACCACAACUGAGACAGCUAUCCUCACAUGCUAGUACUUCUGUCGCACAUGCAAGCACACCAUCACCUGAAGCUGAAUGCAUUGGAUUGUCGACACCAAAAUGUGGUCAUUAUUUAGAGAACGAAAAAAUAUGAUAUGCAAUUUUUGUUGGAGAAUGACAUGGUGGCGUAAUCAAAGGUUAUCUAAGGUCACUUGGACAUGUUUUAGUUUAGGGUUGAUUUGUAUGUGCUUUUGUAUGGUAUUGUGUAAUGAGACGAGAUAAGAUCGAUCUUUCUAAAUGAUCAAAUAUGUUGUACUUAAAUUGAUCUAUUGUAUACAUGAGUUGUUAUAUAGGUUAUUGUGUGUAGUGGAAGAAUCCUUUAAAAU